GGUAUGGUCGAUCCAGGUGAAGAAGUGUCCGCAACACUGAAGAGAGAAUUUUCUGAGGAAGCGAUGGCUUCGCUUGAUGCAUCCGAAGAUGAAGUGGCGAAAAUUCGAUCCCAAGUUAACAGCGCCUUCAGCAAUGGACUUGAGGUCUAUCGGGGGUAUGUGGAUGAUCCUCGAAAUACGGACAACGCGUGGAUGGAAACUGUGGCUGUCAAUUUUCAUGAUGAGGAUGGAAGUGGGCUUGCCAAAUUCAAGCUUUCCGCGGGUGAUGAUGCAGCUGCUGUACGAUGGGUGGAUGUUGAUCCAAAUUUGGAAUUGUACGCUAGUCAUCGAAGCUUUCUCGAAUUGACUGCUAAUCUACAUGGCGCCUUUUGGAGUAAUGGGAAAAGAUAA